ACUAUGCUGGUGGCUGCACUGGAGGCAAUGAGCCCUCGUUCCUUGCAGCUGAGGCGCGCCACUGGCAGCAAUGAAUUUGCUGUGCCUCCUUGUCCUGCUGGCUAUGUGCAAGCCCAUGCUUGGCACAUGGGACACCUGCAGAGGGACCUGCGGGCUCUGGCCCAUGGCUGCUUCCUACGGCCCCAUGACUUAUGACUAUGGCCCCACGGCUUCUGAUGACAGCACACUGAGUGUCGGGGGUGGCACAGGUGUCCAGCCAGGGGCCUGGCCUGGCAUUGUCAGCAUCCAGGAUGCCCAGAAACCAGGCACAGGGCAUAUCUGUGCAGGGUCCCUCAUCAGCACACAGUGGGUCCUCACAGCCGCCCACUGCUUCAUCAACACCAAGAACAUCAGCAUGUGGCGUGUGGUGAUCGGGGCCACCCGGUUGACUCAGCUGGGCCCUGAGGUGAAAUUGCGCCAGAUUAAACAGCUACAGGUUCAUGAACACUAUACUCCUGGUGAGGAGAGGAAUGAUAUUGCCUUGCUGGAAUUGGACCAGCCAGUCCCAUGCAGCCACUACAUACAGCUGGGCUGUGUGCCUGACGCCACACUGAGAGUGUCAGAGCUGAAAACGUGCUACAUUGCUGGCUGGGGUUCCACCACUGCAAGAGAUCAAAGACCAAGUGAUGUCCUGCAGGAGUCCAAGGUCCACCUCAUCGAUGUCCAGCUCUGUAACAGCAGCUGGUGGUACACGGGGGCCAUCCAUACCCACAACUUGUGUGCUGGUUACCCACAGGGCACCAUGGACACCUGCCAGGGUGACAGCGGUGGUCCCCUGGUGUGCAAAGAUGACGAUGCUGCCUACUUCUGGCUCAUUGGCUUGGCCAGCUGGGGAAAAGGCUGUGCAAGAGCAAACCAGCCUGGAGUCUACACCUCCACUCAGUAUUUCUACGACUGGAUCCUGGCCCAGAUAGACCCGCAAUCAGAUAAAAGGGCAUGGAGUCAUUUUGUGACUGCCUCAAACCCCUCUCAGAAGCCAACACCAAUACCAACACCAAUACCAACACCAAUACCAACACCAACACCAUCGGGCUGGUUUAGCUCCUUCCCACUCCCACUGCAGCAGGUGAUGGAAUUUUUUACUCAGCUGCACGAGUUCCUACAGGCCCUAAGGAGAAAACUGGCUAGAGAAGCAGGAUGAACAGGAUCCAGUGCAGGCUGCAGUGGACCAUGACCAUUUCCUUCUGGGGCAGUGCCUGCUGAUCCAAAGGCAGCUUCAGUGCCAAAGGCCUGCUCUGUCCUGCCCAUGCUCCUCCUCUGCAUGCAUGCAAAUCCUGAAGUUAACU